CCGGAUUGAAUUCAUCGAAGCCUACGUGGCCCAAGUGACGUCGGCAAAGUUGACGUUUCACAAACAUGGCGUCGCAGCAGAAUGAAGUGGACGAGCUGUUCGAUGUGAAAAACGCGUUUUAUAUCGGCAGCUAUCAACACUGCAUCAACGAAGCCCAGAAAGUAAAGACAUCAAGUCCAGAAAAGGAUGUUGAGAAGAACAUUUUUCUUUACAGAGCAUAUAUUGCUCAGAGGAAGUAUGGUGUGGUAUUGGAUGACAUAAAGUCUAGCUCCUCUGAGGAGCUGCAGGCUGUCAGGAUGUUUGCAGAGUACCUGUCCAAUGAAGGCAAGAGGGAUGCAAUAGUGGCAGAACUGGACAAAAAGAUGGCCAAGAGUGUUGAUGUUUCCAACACAACAUUCCUGUUGAUGGCAGCUUCCAUCUAUCUGCAUGAGAUGAACACAGAUGCUGCACUACGUACCCUGCACCAGGGAGAAAGUCUGGAGUGCAUGUCCAUGACUGUCCAGACACUUCUGAAGUUGGACAGAGUUGAUAUGGCAAGAAAGGAAUUAAAGAAGAUGCAUGACCAAGAUGAAGAUGCUACUCUGACCCAGCUAGCUACAGCCUGGGUCAACCUUGCAAUUGGGGGAGAGAAAUUGCAGGAGGCAUUCUAUAUCUUCCAGGAAAUGUCAGACAAGUACUCGCCCACACUUCUGCUGCUGAACGGUCAGGCUGCAAGUCACAUGGCUCAGAAUAAGUGGGAUGAGGCUGAGUCAGUACUCCAGGAUGCUCUGGACAAAGACAGCAGCCACCCGGAGACGCUCAUCAACCUCAUUGUGUUGACACAGCAUUUGGGCAAACCUCCUGAGGUGACAAAUCGAUAUAUGUCUCAACUGAAAGAUGCACAUAAGUCACAUCCAUUUAUUAAGGAAUAUCUUACUAAGGAGAAUGAAUUUGACAGGCUUGCCAUGCAGUAUGCCCCCAGCGCCUGAAAGAACUACAGUCUUAAUUGAUGUCUCACAACACAAUAUUAUUUUUCCUCUUUACACUUUUUUUUUUUUAAUGCCUUUAAACAAAAUAACAUUCAUAUGUUUGAAAUUUGCUCUGUCUUUUUGGCAUGCCCAAAAGCUAUACAAACAUUCCUGUAUGAUGGUUAAAUAAACAUUUAUCAAACAUA